GUACUUUUGUUUAACGGGAUUUGUACAAACAAUACUUUAGAAAUCUCGAGAGUGAUGCGUGCCUUGGUAUGCAAACACGAUACACCGAUGUGUUUGUUUUCUGUCCGUAGUAAGGGGUAAACAUUUCAAAGUUUAAGUUUGCGAAAAAUUCAACAACGGCGUGUAGUUUGAAAGAAACUAGCAGUUGGAAAGGUUGUUGUGCUCUUGAUUUUUUCCAGCGACACAUUUUUUGUACAAUUUUUGGUUGACGCGCGUUGAAAUCACCUCGCGUGUGUGUUGGAUUUGAAAAUGGAACAAGAAAUAUUGGAGUUAUAUCACACUUCUGGAGACCCUGCGCAAGGCAAGCGAGAAGCCAGCGAAUGGCUAGAUCUUAAAAGUCGAGUGGAAGAAGACAAAUUCCGUAAAUUAAGCGUUGAUUUGGAAAGGAGAAGGGCAUGGAGGUUUCUUUACCACGCAGAGGAAGAGAGAAAAGUGGUUAAAGAAUUGAAUAACUUGCAGAGAGACAAGCUUCGAUUUGAACGAGAGAAGCAACUCCGUCAGCGCAAUUCCUUUUCAUCCUCGCGUGAAAGGCGGCAUUCACUGAGGACGCCAUUGUCAGAAGUCAACACACAGCUACCGAUGAACCAGAAGUCGUUUGGUGGCUCUGCUUCGCUGGCUUUCGAUCCCACAUUAAAAAAAAGUUCUCGCCCUUCACGAAGAACAAGCAACGAACAGACCGUAAGCUAUGGUACGGUUAGAAAGGCUUCGGAGGAUUUGAGCGCGUCAAACAGUUUUCCUUACCUUGACGAGGAAGAUGUGCAGCAAUUUCAGAAGUCGUGCAAGUCUGCCGCGAAAAGCGAGUGCCGACGCUGGGGAACCGUGUGGUUUUACGCAAAGAAAGAGCAAGACAUCGCCAACGAGAGUGAAAAACGUUGGACCGCGCUUUUACUCAAAACCGAAAAAGAGAAAAUGAGAAUUUUAAGCGAAAAAGGAGUUGCUCUUCUAGAAUUCGGAUUGGAGAGGAAUCCUCAAAGUGGAAACUUUGGAAAUGACACUAGAAAUACUUCGAAAAGCGCGAGAGUGGAAAAUGGUGUUAAAAUGCCGGACAAAAAGAGGAAAAACUCCAAAGAAACUGCAAUGGGAUAUACAGAAGACGAGAGGUUAACUUGCCACAAAGCGUUUAGCCUUCCCCAAGCAAUUGCUCGAGAGCAGGAAGAGGAAAGCUCUACAGAUGAAGUGUCCCAAAACAAAUCAAGGCUGUCCUCAGUAGAUUGCAAACAUAUCACCUCAACCUUACUUGAAGAAGGCGCUCAAGAGAAAGGCUACAAAACGUUCAAAGAAGAGUCGAACAGUUUUACCGGAAGAACAAACUGAAACUUCGAAAAAUACCUCUGUUUAUCGCGUGCCAGUUAUUUCUGAACUCGAGAUGGAAAAGGGCAGUUCCACUUCAAGUGAGGAAUCGGAAAACUAUCCCAGACGAAAACGAGCUGUUUUCUUUUUGCCUAGCUUGACGAAGGAAAUGAUUUAGAAGUUAAAGGAGCUACGUCACGCGGUUUUCGCAUCUUGAGAAGUUUAGCCGAAAUUUUUCAAAUUCGUCGUUUGUAAUCCGUAUCAAUCUUC